AUGUCAGAGUUCUGGCUAAUUUCCGCCCCAGGAGAUAAAACAAAUCUGCAGGCAUGGGAGAGAAUGAACACGGUGACAUCUAAAUCCAACCUGUCCAGCAACAGCAAAUUCCAUAUUCCAGACUUAAAGGUGGGGACACUGGAUGCUCUUGUUGGUCUGUCAGAUGAGUUGGGAAAACUUGAUAGCUUUGCUGAAAGCAUAAUAAAGAAAAUAGCCCAGUACAUAGGAGAAGUUAUGGAGGACUCAAAAGAUAAAGUCCAGGAAAAUCUUCUGGCCAAUGGAGUUGACCUAAUUAGCUACCUGACACGGUUUGAGUGGGACAUGGCCAAAUAUCCCAUAAAGCAGCCUCUGAAGAAUAUAUCAGAAGCGUUAGCAAAGCAAGUGACUCAGAUAGAAACAGACCUAAAGACCCGAUCAGCUGCAUACAACAACAUUAAAGGAAAUUUGCAAAGCCUGGAGAAAAAAACUGUGGGAAAUCUGCUGACUCGGACCCUAGCAGACAUUGUGCAUAAAGAAGACUUUGUUCUGAAUUCCGAGUAUCUUAUCACACUGCUCGUCGUGGUGCCAAAGUAA